GGAUCAUACAAUAAUUUAACAUGUGUUUCAGAUGCCUCAGGGAUGUUGGUACGCAAAUUAUUGGGCCCCGAGCAAUGCCGAUUUUACACUGUUUUCAAUGGGCCUGAAUCCUUUGACCGACUUUUACUCACAAAUUUUAGAGUGACUGUGCCGGUAGAGGGCGCUGUUCUCAACAGUAUUACUUUGCAGAUGUCGACAUGGCAGUUCGAGGCAAUUAUGUGACGGCAGUAUUCCAGACAAAAUUCAGUCAAGAUCCGAUACCGGAACGUGCUGGAAUCAAGCGAGGAAAAUGUGUUACAAUCACACCAAGAAAAAAUCCCAAAAUCGAUUUCAGGAGGCCACAUAAACCCUGUGCCCGCAGUGGCCAUGCAGCUGUUGCUGACAGCAACAACUUGUACAUCUUUGGUGGUUAUAACCCCGAUCUAGAAACCUUACAGGACUACUUUGGUCCAGAUGAAGAGAUGUUGUUCCCUCUUUUCCAGGAGGUUUGGCGAUAUAACUUUGACACCAAUAUGUGGAGGAGGUUAAACACGCGGGGACAUAUUCCCAUGCAACUGGCGUCCAUGUCCAUGGUACUCUUCAGCAGUUAUAUACUGGUAUUUGGUGGUACUGGUUUCCCAUUUGGUCCAACUACCAGCAAUGAUGUCUGGUACCUGAACCUCAAGGACAAGCGAUGGAAGUCACUCAAAGCAAAGGAAUGUGAAACAAAGCAACCAGUGCCAGGCUAUGGACAGGCUAUGGCCGUCAUUGGCAAUCAUCUACAUGUCUAUGGUGGCACAACAGGUUGGGAUUACAACUCUGAUGUCCAUCGCUGCAACUUGACCACAGGCCAGUGGGAGCGAUUAUUCAGUCUGGAAGAAUUCUAUACCAGUAGGGUCCGAAAAAACAACUCGGAACCUACACCACAGAUCCCUAAACCCAGGUACAGACAUGAGAUACUCACAGACGGUAAGAGGCUGUAUGUCAUUGGUGGAGGCACGUCAGUUGAAGCAUAUCCGCUAGACAAGAUCCAUGCCUUUAAUUUGGAAACAAAUGAAUGGGAAUUGAUGACAACUUUGGAAGACCCCCAACAUGGCUUUCCUGAAAACAGAAGAUGCCAUGGAUGCGCACAGCUGGACAAUGAGGGUUAUGUAACUGGUGGGUAUAGUGGCAAGAGAAUCUUUGAUGACAUCUGGCGGCUUGAACUGAAAACGUUACAGUGGACCAGGUUAGAGGCCAGACUACCUCAACCUGUGUACUUCCAUUCAUCAGCUGUAACACCGACUGGUUGCCUUUACUGCCACGGAGGUGUGAUAAGCCCAACAGGAGAUGAGAGAUCAGACUCACUUACAAGAAUCUGGCUGAAGACACCUAGCCUCGUCAUGACAUGCUGGGAACGAGUACUGUCCUUGAUUCCUGAUCUUCACAUCAUGCCUGAACGGAAACUUAUGGAGCUGGGUAUCCCUAGACAUCUGUUAGAAAGAAUGACAUAGAACAUUGUCGUCAAUAGUUUUGAUUGAAGGAACUGUAUUAUGAACCUUUGAAAGAGACUUUGAACACUAACGCGGAAUUUCUUCAUAUUUUGACUUCAUGCUGCUCAACUGAACCUAUAUUCUAAAAACAGAAAUGUUUGUGAACUGUUGUGCCGUUUACAUCAAAUCUCCUCAUGUGUGCUCUCCUUGCUAAAUCGAGCUGAACAAGAGAAGAAUGGAAGCUGCUGAAACUGAUCAGAAUCAACCAGUUUGUAUGACAGUUGUCUGUGUUCACAGUAGAAUUCAUCAAGAUAAUGCACAAUGCACAAAGCACCUGCUGUCAUAUCAAUUAUGGUGAGAAGAUGGGCAAUGUCUGAAACAAACUUCCACAGUUAUGGCUGUGGCUAAUGUCUGCAGGGCCCCCAGGUAUAUUCAGUAAUACCAGAACCACAACUUUCACAGUUAUGGCUGUGGCUAAUGUCUGCAGGGUCCCAAGGUAUAUUCAGUAAUACCAGAGGCAUUCUUCAACCUUGGGAUUGCCUUAGAAUACCAGAAUGUAGGAAUUGGAUGCUAAGAUGCAUUUUUAAGUGUGAUCUUUGAACUUCCUGAAGCUGUUUUUUUUUUAGACAUUACUAGCGGAUUGUCAUGUAGACCUACUUUUUGGUCAGUGUAAAUAAGGUAGAUUGAUAUAUUGCCCAUAUCAAAGAUCUCCAUCUCUUAGCCAUCUUUUGCGUUUACUUCACUUGUUGUCUUAUACCAAACCCCUUUACCAUAUGAAUCAAGUCUUUGCAUGUAUAUAUAAGCAUAUUCAUUAUCCACCUGUUGAUUUGCUCAUUAUCUAUCGAUUGCUUCGGACGUCUUAACCACUCUUACUCUGGGAAGAAGUCUGAGGCUCAUCCACAAUUGACAAGCACAAGCUAGAGUUGCUGAUGAAGACACGUGUCUGAGUGGUUAUUGUACUCAUAUCAGUUGACUUGCCGUCUGAAGAGUGAGGCCUGGUGUUGUAAUUGAUCAUGAGUCCAUCACAAGUUUUUGCACAAGAUCAGUCAUUAUUAAAAUGGCAAACAAUGACAAA